GUGGCGGCGCGCGCGGCAGGAUGGAGGCGGCGGCGCUGGAGCGGUUCCACAGCCCGGGCAAGGGUAGCGGCCUCCGCUCCCGCCGGAGCGUGCGGCCCGGAGAGCUGCUCUACCGCGACGUGCCCUUCGCCUACGUCCUCAGCAAGCAGCAGCUGGGCAGCGUGUGCGAGCGCUGCCUGCGCAGGAAUGAAAAUCUGCACAGAUGUUCUCAGUGCAAGGUUGCUAAAUACUGUGGUAGAUCUUGUCAGAAAGAAGCUUGGCUGGACCACAAGCAGGAAUGCAAGUGUCUUAAGAGCAUCGAGCCCAAUUUUCCUCCGGACUCUGUCAGACUUGCUGGAAGGAUUGUUUUUAAACUACUCAGACAAUCAGUAUGCCCUUCUGAGAGACUCUACUCUUUUUCCGAUCUUCAGUCAAACACUGAACGGUUAAGUGAAGAAAUGAAAGAUGGCCUCAGGCACCUUGCGCAGACUUUGCAACUGUACUUGAAAACUGAGAUCCAGGAUGAGUCUCAACUGCCACCUGCAAUUGACUUUUUUCAGAUCUUCACAAAAGUGACCUGUAACUGUUUCACCAUCAGUAAUGGAGAGAUGCAGGAUGUUGGUGUUGGCCUCUAUCCCAGCAUGUCUUUACUGAACCACAGCUGUGACCCAAACUGUGUGAUCGUUUUUGAAGGAUACCAGCUUUUACUUCACUCUGUCCGAGAGAUCCAGAUUGGUGAAGAGCUCACCAUCAGCUAUGUUGAAUCACUGGUGCCUACCAGGGAACGCCAGAAGCAGCUGAUGCGCCAGUAUUGCUUCGAAUGUGAUUGUCCACUCUGCCAGAAUCAAGAGAAGGAUGCUGAGAAACUGGCUGGUGAAGAGCAUGCCUGGAAAGAAGUCAAAGAUGCUGUAAAUGAAGUGAAAUAUCCAAAAUCAAAAGAAGAGUGGAAGCAUGUUCUGGCAAGGUGCCAGAAUCUCUUGAGGAGCCACAAGAGUCAUCUCCCAGAUACAAAUAUCUAUCAGCUGAAAAUGCUUGACUGUGCCAUGGAUGCCUGUAUUAACCUUGAAUCCUGGGAAGAAGCAUUGUAUUAUGGCAGCAGGACUCUGGAACCAUACAGACUGUAUUAUCCUGGUUUCCAUCCACUGAGGGCUGUCCAGCUGAUGCGAGUGGGCAAACUGCAGUACAGUCAAGGCAUGGUUCCACAGGCACUGGAAACCUUGAAACAGGCCUAUAAUAUUAUGAAGGUGACCCAUGGGGCAGAUCACAGCCUGAUGAAAGCCUUGAUGGAGAUAAAGGAAGAGUGUGAGGCCAUGAUGAGAAUACAGCGAAGAUAAUCUCUAGUCUGGGAAACAAAGUAUUCAAGGCAAAAGAAGAUUUUUUUUAUUUAAUUGUGAAGCUUCUCAAUGGUUUUACUGUCUUUUCUUUAGGUCCUAUUUGCUUUACAAAAAGGUUUCGUAUUCAGUAUUUGCUGUAUGGUCUGAAUUGAGUUGGUGUUUGGCAUAAUUCCUGUAAUUUUCAGAGGAUUUUUUUGUCAUCAAUCAUCAGUCUUAUUGACAAUAACUAACAAUACCUAAUUAUUUGAUUGUAAGUAUUGGGAAAUGCAUACAGAGUGUUCAUCAGUUACAAAGUGAUCUAAUUCCAUUGAUAUCAGCAGUCAAUUUUUUAUAUCAGCUUAUGCCAGCAAUUAGGAAUCUCUUGUCAGACAUAUCAUAAAUUAAGCAAAUGUACUUUUUUCCCUUUGCCUUGCCCUUUGGCGUGGUUUCCAAAAGCCUGAUCUAGUGCUCUUUGACAUCAAAUAAGUUUCCCAAUGUUUUAUAUGGGAUUUUCUUCCCUCCCAAUAGAUCUGCAGGGCUUUGUCUGUCUUCUUCUUCCAUCUCAUACCUUAUAAUAUUGAAUACUAAAAUGGAUUAAAUAAAAAAUUUUAUCAUAGGUGGAAAUUGCUUACUCUGCUUUUUCCCCAUUUUACCAUCUUCAAGUGUUUCUCACUUCAUAGCAGUUUGAAAAACCAAUAUUUGGACUUGUGAGCUCAGUGCUAUGGCUUCUAGACCUUUCUGAGUCUGUAGGGUUUGAAUGUCACAUCCCCAAACAGAGAAUCCCAGAGAUCUACAGAUGAACAUUGUCAUCCCUGGGGAAGACAAGGAUGUCUUGGAAAGCACAGGCACACUAUUUCCCCAUGCUCAUCAGCAAGAGACUUGUUCUUGCCCAAGCUGUUUACUUCCAUUUUUAACACAGAAACAAAUAUUAACAAAAGCCAGUAUUUAUG